AUGGAGAAGAUGCAGAAUUUCAUGACAGCCUUCUCUUCUUCCUCUCCUUCGUGUGUCGCUUCCAUCACUAGGGUUGUGCCUCCAUUGGUGGAGCUGGUGGGGGAAUGCGGUGGAGUCACAGCCAAGAAGGCACUUGUGGUGCUUGGAAGCCUAGCAACACUACUGAAGGGGAGGGAGGCGGUGGUGGCGACAGGUGGGAUCACGGUGCUCAUGGAGGCAACAAAAACAGGACCAACAACUGGGAGAGAAUUCGCUGUGCAUGUGCUGUUGCAGCUUGCCACCGAAAGCCCCCAUAUCCAAGGGCUCCUAGUGGGCGAAGGCGCAAUUCCACCACUAGUUGCGAUGUCGCAAUCGGUCGGAAUUGCUUCGCAAGCGGUGAUGCUGCUGGGCUACUUGCGGGAACUACAGUACUAG